UUGGUUCAUCACGCUUCACUUUAGCCACGCAUGUGAAAAGAAACCACACCAUCAGGCAUCAAGGACCUCCUUUUUUCUUUCUUGGUUCUUUCCUAAGUUCGACUAUUAUUAUCUUCGUCGGUGUCUAGCUUCCAGACCUCUGCACAUUUUAACAGAGCUCAUAAGUUUGAAGAGAAAGAAGCAGUUGGCGCUUUUCUUUUAGCCACCUAACCACCUCUUCUUUUCUACUAAAAGAAUCUUCUUCUUCUUCUCUACCCAUUGCUUCUGUGAUACUAAAUGUGGGUCUUCUGCGUUUGCCAACACUCAGGUGUGAUUCCUGUCACUUUGAGCAAUACCCAUGAUUUGGUUCUUUGAAAUGUUCCAGUUUCCAAUACUUCCUCUUCACUUCUUUUUCUUUACUUUGAAGCUGGACACUCUUCUUGAACUGAGCUGAGCGAUAAAAAAAAAAAAAAUGGGUAUGCUAAUGCAGUUGAUUUUCAUGCUGAUGGGAGUACUUGUGCUCUGCAAUUUGCUGUCGGUUCACGGAUCUGCAGACAAUGCCUUCUUUCCGGUGGCUAGUCCUCUUACCAGCAGCGUGCAAAGACACAGGAAGCCAGUUGAUUCACACUCAAACAGGCCAUGGCAUGUUCCAGCAUUUAUGCACGAACCACCAACCAAAUCACCUAUUUUGCCGAAGGUCAUGAAGCCUUCAAGUAUUGCAGUUGCACCUUCUGUAUCAUCUUUCCAAGGGCCUGUGAAUAAAUGGAUACACGACUAUGCACAUGCUCCUUCAGUAUCAUCUCAUAGGCAUCAUCACCAUGUCAGAAACCACUUCAAAGACUCUGCUCCACAGAGUACUCCGUUUCCACGGCAUGUAUACCACCGAACAGGCCCUUCUAUUUCGCCAGUUCAAUCUCCAUUCCCUACUUCUAGAAGAUCACAUUCACCAGCGCCUGCACCAUCACCCGCAAUUCUGUCAAGUCAGUCUGAUAAGCCUACUAUUCCACCAAAACUCUCCCCUUUUGGAUCAGCGGAGAAAAUGAAGACUCCACCACCAAGGCCACUUCUGACAUUACCUCCUCCACCUCCUAAUGAAGAUUGCGCAUCAGCAAUAUGCACAGACCCGUUAACGUACACGCCUCCUGGAACUCCCUGUGGCUGUGUGUGGCCAAUUCAGGUGAAACUUCAGCUAGCAGUCGCGCUAUACACAUUCUUCCCUUUGGUUACAGAGCUUGCCAAGGAAAUUGCUGUCAGUCUGUCCUUAGAUCAUAGCCAAGUGCGCAUAAUGGGAGCGAAUUCAGCCAGUCCACAACUAGAAAAAACUACAGUUUUGAUUAAUUUGGUGCCCCGAGGGGCAAAAUUCAGUAAUGAUUCUGCAGUGGCAAUCUAUCGAAAAUUCAUCCACAAGCAGGUUCAGAUGGAGGCAUCACUGUUCGGUGAUUAUGAAGUUCUCUAUGUUGGCUAUCCAGGUCUUCCACCUUCGCCACCUUCUAGCAUCAGUACCACCGACAGUUCACCGUACACGGACAAUGAGGACAAAGGCCCGGUGACAAAACCAUUAGGAGUUAAUGUGCCUAAGAGGAAAAGAGAUGGCCCUAGUAGAAGCACGAUUGCUGUACUUUGUCUAUCAUCUUUCAUGGUAUUAAUCGUGUGUGCAGCAAUCACGUGGAUACUACUGAGAAAGUGCGAAGCUCGUCAUCAUCAAUCUAAAAAGUCCCCACAGCCUCUCUCCCCAGCUAAACCUUCAGCAGGUUCUACUAAGCGUGUGAUGCAGAGAAGUGUGUCCAAGUCGGCAUCAACAUCGUUCCGCUCUAAUGGAAUCUUAUGUGCCGGAUCUGCCAGAACAUUCAGCUCAAACGACAUCGAGAGAUUCACCCACAACUUCGAUUCUUCAAGAGUACUCGGAGAAGGCGGUUUCGGGAUAGUCUAUAGAGGCGUAUUAGGCGACGGAGAGGAGGUGGCAGUGAAGGUUCUGAAGAGGGAUGAUCAUCACGGAAGCCGUGAGUUCUUGUCAGAAGUGGAAAUGCUGAGCCGUCUCCACCACAGAAACCUAGUCAAGCUAAUCGGCAUAUGCAUGGAAGAACACAUCCGCUGCGUUGUGUAUGAACUCAUACCGAAUGGAAGUGUUGAUUCCCAUUUACAUGGCUGUGACAAGGAGAAUGAUCCGCUUGACUGGGGCGCUAGAAUGAAGAUCGCGCUUGGUGCGGCUCGAGGUUUGGCCUACCUGCAUGAAGACUCGAGCCCUCGUGUUAUACAUCGAGAUUUCAAGUCCAGCAACAUCUUGUUGGAGCCUGACUUCACACCAAGAGUGUCUGACUUCGGAUUGGCUAGAGCUGCAAUGGAUGAGGGGAUCAACAGACAAGUUUCUACCCAUGUCAUGGGGACUUUUGGCUACUUGGCACCAGAAUAUGCAAUGACGGGUCAUCUUCUAGUCAAAAGUGAUGUUUAUAGCUACGGGGUAGUCCUCCUCGAACUUUUAACCGGGAGGAAGCCGGUAGAUCUAUCGCAACCCCCUGGCCAAGAGAAUCUCGUUUCCUGGGCCCGGCCGCUCCUCACUGACAGGGAGGGCUUGCAAACAAUCAUUGACCCAUCUGUGAGAUCGAGCAUGUCGUUUGAUAGUGUGGCCAAGGUGGCAGCAAUAGCUUCAAUGUGCGUGCAACCGGAGGCAUCGCACCGUCCAUUCAUGGGUGAAGUGGUACAAGCCUUGAAGCUAGUUAUUAACGAGUUUGAUGAGACGAAGGAGCUAAGUCUUGGAAGUUGCAUAGGCCAAGAAUCCUCCAGUUGUGUUGAUGGCAAAAUCAGCAAAGUUCCGCAUGAAUUUGUUGAAGCUUUAUUAACAGGCGACAGUACACCAGCAAAAGAUUCUAACCAUCUAGAGCAAAUGGGAAGCUUCCGAGCAUCAACUGGGAUUGAGGAUGAAGAGACCGGGUACGCUGCGAGGCAUUGUAGCUCCGGCCCGUUGAGAAUGGGAAAGAGAAGGCAAUUUUGGCAGAGACUCAAGAGCUUAUCCAGACGUAGCUUGAGCGAACAUGAAUUUGCCGUGAAGUUAUGGCCAGAUACAUUUUGAUUUAAGACCACGUAAGCUCACAUUCGCACCUUUGACAUUCUUGUUUUGUAAUGAACAUGACCAGGGGAUAUGUUGUUGCUAGAGUAACCUAGAUUACCCAAUUUCCGGAUUUCGAUUUUGAUU